AUGCGUGUCUUACUCUUCGCCGUUGGCCUUUUUGCGGCUAAUGUUGUUGUCGAAGCUGGCGUGUGCAAACCUGCACACACGACUGCCUCUCAUUCAGACGCCGUCUUAAGCAUUGAAUCAUCGGCUACUUCCGCUUCUACCACCCUCACUGAAACGCUUGGUCUCUCCACAACUGAGACUGUCAGCCUCGAGUCUACUGAAACCUCGGCAUCUGGUUCCACACUGGCUACAACCACGACUGAAAUUCUUUCUACCUCUGUCACUGAGGCACCAUCAGCCACAACCACUGCAGAAGCUUCAACUACCGUUUCCUCGUCGACAGGUCCUGUUGCGACACCUGGCUCUAUCGUUGGUACUGGACCGGUUGCUGGCAUUACUCUACAGGGAGAUGAUACACGAUUCGUUGCUCUAUCUUUCGGACCUCAAACCUUGAUAUUCAACCUUGUCAACGGCAAGCUCGCCACAGGCAGCAACAACAAUUACCUUUGCUUGUCGUACAGGGAUACGGAUGUUCUUGGACCACUUGUUCUGUGCCCAUUCGAUAACUUCACAAAUGCUCCUUUGAACUGCCAGCAGUCAACUGACGGAACGCUAGCUUGUACUGCGCCUAAUGGCUCUUGCACUUCGACGGGCACAUGCAGACGACCUAACAAUGGAGCUCCAUAUUCCCAAUUCUAUGUUAAUGAUGCUCAGGAGGGCUUUUUCGGCCCUGCCUCUGGAGACUUCACUGGUUAUACUGCAAUUAACCCUGUUCUCGUUAACUAA